AUGUUUGUUCUUGCAGAGCCACCAAAGAUUAGUUUGUCAUCAAUGCAGGGAAGUUACCGAGAGGGAUCUUUUGUUAAUGUCAGUUGCACAGCAACCGGGAUUCCACAGCCAGAUGUCACAUGGAUCAGAGAUGGAACAGUAACAAGUUCAGGAAAGGGAGCGGCACUUUUGAACUUCCACAGUGUGAGAAAAACAGAUGACGGAUGUUAUCUAUGUAGAGCAAACAACACAGCUGAUACUAUUUCCAAUCACACAAUAAUCCUGUUCUACCACCCACCAACCAUACUAAGGAUAACCAUGUCAGCCAACAAGUCUUGGAUUGGUCAGACGGUGACGUUAAGGUGUCUGUCUGAUGGUAUUCCAAUACCAACUCUUACCUUGUACAAACCUGGUGAAAGAGAAAUAAACAGAGUCAGAGCCAGAGAAAACAAAGUGCAAGUGACGCUCUGGGGUGAUCAAGAUUUUGGUGAUUACAAAUGCAUUGCUGCCAAUGGACUGAGUCCCUCUGACCACAGAAUCCACCAUGUAGACUUUCUCAGCCUUCAUUUUUUUGUAGAAAAACCAGGUGCAUCAUCUAUCGUAUCUUCAGAAGAAGAUAUUCAAGCUAGCUCAUUAACAGUUCGAUGGACUGCACCAGCUGAUGAUGGAGGGAGUCCUAUCACAGGAUACCGAGUGAUCAUACUAGAGGGUGACACUGAAACAAACAGUGUUAAUAAUACUGGUCCUGGUAGAACAAGCUACACUUUUGUGGGUCUAGACAGAGAUACAAAGUAUGUCGUGAAAGUAUUUGCAAGGAAUGCUAUUUUUGAAGGCGAUCCUGUUGUAACCACGGUGAAGACAAGAUUUGAAGGUCCCCCGGCAGCAGUAGAAAUAUAUGGCCGGCCUAGCGAAACAACAGAUGGUGAAAUCACCUUGAAGUGGAAGGAGCCAGAAGAUAAUGGACGAGAAAUUACACAGUACACUGUGUACCAAAGAUUAGUGACUGACGGGAAAGUAGGAGAGUGGACAGUCGUAAGGAAAAUCACGAAAGUUUCAAUUAAUGAAUUGACAGUAAAGUUGGAGAGAGGCAAGGUGUAUGAAUUUACAAUUACUGCCACAAAUGAACUCGGUGAAAGUCUGGUUGAGGAGACGAUGGUCAAAAGAGUAACAGUUGUAGAUCUACGAAACACCAACCAGAGAGCUCAAGAAGAAUGCAAGUGCUCAUGUCAUGACGUCAUUUAUAUAUCCAUAAUUGGAGUGCUUCUGCUAGUAACCCUUGUGUUGUUCAUUUACAUUCUGUGGUUACACAAGAGAGGCACUGGAGGAAAACAAAGGUAG